UGUGCGUGCCGCAUUAACUGCCAGUCGGCGAUCUAGCAGCUGUAUAUUGCGCGCUGAUAUCCAGUCAGCUGUGCCGUUUCCGCCUGCCUGUCUCUCUUUCCCGGCCUCAGUCCGCUCAGUACGCUUGAUGAUUGUGGCAACACACUAACUUUUCCUCUCUCAGCAAGCGGCGAAAAUUAAGCCACAAAUCCCGUUUGUAUCUAAGACGCGCGCGCAGCGGCAACUGAUAUUAUUCCCUCGUGAUGAUGGCGCAACGCUGCAACAAUGCCGACGUCUCUGUUGCUGUUUGACCUUUGCCGGCCGGUUAGCCGUUGCGUGGUGGCGGGCUCGACUAUGCCAUUUCCGUGUGCGACUGAUUACUUAUCGUGCUGUUAUUUCACUGCCUGGGCGCCAAGAUGAGUGCCGUGUCACUGGCCAGUCGUAAGCAGCGCCGCUCGUCCGCGCUGGCUGUGACCACGGAAACGCAACAUUUACUGGAAUGUAUUCAGUGCACCGUUCAGGUUAACGAUGAUAUUGCCCAGCUACACGAUCUGCUCACGCAGCUGGGAUCCGUUAAGGACAGCCCGCAGCUGCGGCGGGAAAUUAAUAAUGUGAUCAGACACUGCCUGGAAGUGGCGCGUAAUGCCAAGGAGCGCUUCCUCUAUAUUGUGCUCAAUUGUCGCGAUAACAUGAAACUGCAGAACCAAGCCGGUCAGCAGUUGGGGAUAUUCGGAUUCUGCCUGACGUACAUGCAGGGUGAACUGCAUAAGGGCCUUAAUUUAAUCACGAGCUUCCAGUUGAAGGACGAUAAUUCGCUUACCCCGGAAAGUCUCCAAAAUGAUUUGAUUGAAAUUGAUGGAAUCCUGCACACCGUGGAAAAGCAUGUACAUUAUAUCCGUCCAAGUUCCGAAACAGACACGCCCGAGCUUCUGCGCCGGAAGUCGGACCGCUCCCUCCAGGGGCGCAGCAGCGGCUCACUGCGUAUCUCUUCCCACCAAAACCAGACGGUGCCCUUCUGCACCGGCCUGAUGUGUAUGCCUAAGAAGUACAUCUGACCUUGCAGCCGGCAAUUUCCUCCAAUCAAAACCUCCACAAUCCGGAUCCAAAUGAAUAGAUGCUUCUAUGUAUACACAGUGACCUUGGGAUGGCGUGAUUUUCCUCUCUUUGUCAGAAACCUUGCGAUAUGUUUAUAAUUGCCUUUUUUCUUCUCCGGUCAAUCCACUACCAUUACUCUCGCUCUCUUUCUUUUUGUUGUCGACACAUGUACAAAGCCCAGAGUAUUGAAAAGAUGGAUUUUUGCCAAAGCCUUUUUUUGCUGGCAUAUGUUCCUGGUUUAAAAGGAAAUCCUGCAUUGUGAUAUGGGGAAGAGUUCUAUUCAAUAUUGAUGGUGCAUUAAGGCGUGACCUUUUAGUGGUGGCUGCAGCCUCUUUGUGAGACAGGCCAAUAAUGCGAUGUUGAAGCAUUUAUCGCAUGUGAUUUUGGCUCCUAUUGUAGCUAAUCGCUAAAUGCUCCACAUCCUUUAUCCAAUAAUCAAAAAUCCUGGGCGACGUUUGUGCGUCAUAAUUCACCUGUGCUCG